CAGAUACCAUCUCAAGAUGAAUGCCAAAAUUCCUGCUACCGGCCUGACUGUAAUACUGGACCCGAGUGAGCCUGAUCUCGACAUCGUCUUUGUCCACGGCUUCAAUGGCCAUCCCGAGCGAACGUGGACACACAAAAGUGGCGCGGAUGAUGGCGAGAGUGAACCUCCAACCAAUGCUCAAGGGCGUGGACUCCGUCCCCGUUCAACCUCGCGCAGGGCUAUAUACUGGCCGCGAGACUUGCUUCGAACCAGCAUCCCUGAGGCUAGAGUUUUGACAUACGGCUAUGACGCCAACAUACGACACAUUGCUGGUAAGCGUCUUAACCAGAACUCGGUAUAUGAUAUCGCCAGCAACUUCCUAGUCGAGCUCGAGGCACAGCGUCGCCUGGCCCCCACGAGACGCCUCAUCUUCAUUGCGCAUAGCCUGGGAGGCAUCGUUGUGAAGGAGAUGCUCCGGAGGUCGAGUGGGCAACACGACAAGCAAGCACAUCUCGGAAGCAUUUGCGAUGCGACCGUCGGUGUCGUAUUCUUCGGCACUCCUCACCAGGGGGCAGAUCCACGACGUCUGUUGCAGAAAGUCGCGGAGGCAGCGACCAGGGCGCUCGGUUUCACUGUCAAUCAGCAAGUGGUUGAAGCCCUCCUCCCGUCAUCGGAGCGCCUCCGAGAGCUGCGAGAUGAAUUUGGCCCGAUGGCCCGGCAUCAUGGCUGGGUCAUCCAUUCGUUCCAGGAGUCUCUCGGGAUACGAGUCCUGGAGGGGCGGAAGGCGGUUGAGGACACCUCGUCCUAUAUCAAUCUUCCGGAGGUGGAGACGUCUCAACAUAUUGGACGAGACCAUAUGGAUAUGUGUCGCUUCACCGGUCUACUGGAUCCCGAGUUCAAGAAGGUCGAGGCGGCGUUACGCAGAAUGGUUACCCAGUCCCCCGGGUCCCAGAGGCCUCACAAUGACCCUUCGAAGUCGGUGACAGAAUAUGAGAAGGAAAGAAUCAUGAACGCCCUGACGUUCGACCGAGCCGACUUCAGAAGGACGGCCAUCAAGUCCGCCCAUACGAAGACAUGCAGAUGGAUUCUUACAGAGCCCGUCUAUGUCCAAUGGCUUGAUCUCAGCAAGCUCAAUCAGCACUACGGUUUGCUCUGGAUCAAGGGAAAGCCAGGGACUGGAAAGUCGACGGUGAUGAAGUUCGCGUUUUCCCACACACAGAAGACGAUGAAGGACAGAAUCGUGAUAUCCUUUUUCUUCAACGCUCGUGGCGACUAUCUUGAGAGAUCAACCGAGGGCAUGUAUCGUUCUCUGCUCACACAGCUUUUGCAGCAUAUUCCUGACGGAAAGGAGGACAUGAUAAAUGCUCUGGGUCAAAUGUCCACGAUGAGCAGCAGCCAAAAGGAGUGGAGUGUCAAGGCCCUCGAAGAUGUCUUCCAGCAAAUCAUAUUGGCCCUGGACCAGGCAUCGGUUGUCUGUUUUAUCGACGCUCUCGAUGAAUGCGACGAGAGGGAGAUGCGCGAAACGGUGUCCUUUUUUGAGAACCUGAGCGACUCUGUCGUCGAGUCCCAUAUCAAUUUCGAGGUCUGUCUGACGAGCAGGCAUUAUCCCCAUAUUUCGAUUGGACGUGGGUACGAGCUUGUGUUGGAGAGUCACAAGGGGCAUGUCCAAGACAUAACGACGUAUAUCGAUGGCAAACUCAAGAUUGGGGCCAGCGAGCGUGCCCAGAAUAUACGCUUAGACCUUCAGAAAAAGGCCGCUGGGGUCUUCAUGUGGGUGGUCUUAGUUGUGGAUAUCCUCAACAAGGAGUACGACAGUGGCCGCAUCCACGGAUUACAGGCAAGGCUAGCUGAACUUCCAGACGAUCUUCACGGCCUGUUUCGGGAUAUCAUGACUCGAGACGACCGCAAUCCCCAGGGCCUCCUUCACUUCAUACAGUGGAUCCUGUUCUCCUCAAGACCUCUUACACCCGAAGAGUUGUACUUUGCCCUUCUUCUUGAGGCAUCAGAGGAGUUCGGCGAGGUGGCCUCAGAUGAAAUCACCUCGGAAGUUCAACACAGGUUCAUCCUUGACCACUCUAAAGGUCUAGCUGAGAUUGUACAGUCCAAGGGGUCCAACCCUACGGUUCAGUUCAUCCACGAGGCUGUCAGGGAUUUCUUCCUGCAUGAAGACGGAUUGGCAGAUUUCUGGCCUGAUUUUGGGAGCAACUUACUGGGUCCAAGCCACGACUAUCUCAGGCAAAGCUGUGCUGCCUACAUAAGCUAUGCAAUCCCGGCGGUCGUUGACCCCAACUUGAUCGUUGUUCGGGAUUCAGCGCACAUCAAUGAGCUUUGCUCCAGAGUUACCACCGCGUCUCCCUUCCUCCGGUACGCGGUGCAGAAUGUCCUCUAUCAUGGAGACAAGGCCCAGGAAGCUGGCAUCGAUCAACGGACCUUUCUGGAGGGUUUCCCCAGAGCGAACUGGAUCUGGCUCUCAAACCUGUUCGAGGAGCAUGAAUUCAGCCGGCAUACGACAAAGGCUAGCCUCCUAUACAUCUUAGCGGCGACAAAUAUGGACAACCUCAUUGCAGUUUGGCCAGACAACCUGUCAUAUCUCGCCCGAGAACCACAGCGCUAUGGCGUUCCCUUCGUCGCCGCGAUGGCCACCGAAAGCCGCCGGUCCAUUCGAAGAUUUCUCGAACUAGAGGUCCAAAGCCAACCAGGGUUAACUACCCUCGUCAAGCUCUACAACCUGUACCGCUCACGAGGACACAACCACCCAAUAUGCGGCCCCAACAUACGUUUUCCCCAACCCCCUGCUCGCCUCAGCUUCUUUGAACACUUCCCUCGACGCGAUGGUCUCCUGCUUGCCUUCCUCGUUGCCACUAACAGAAUGGAAUGCAGUGACAGCGACGAAUCACUCAAAAUCAUCAUCAGGGCAGACUGGGAUCGGCCAGCCGAGUACAGCGAAGCCAUGAUUCUUGCUGGAGUACUCGAACGGGGACGUGCGAGUCAAGGAGUGAUUGGAAAAGCGCUGAUUCGUUCCUUGGAACUUGGUUGUCAUGACUUUACCAGGCGACUUCUCGACCCGAAUAACAAGAGUCCGUUCUGGGGGGACUCAAGCAACAGCCCUCGGCGACUCGGUGCUUCAAACGUUGGCCACGGCAUCUCUGAGGCGGAAAUGGGCGGGGCUUUAUCUGGGUUAUCAUCCCCGCCACAUCGCGGGCCCGAAUUGCAGAAACUCGCUUCCGAUUUAUUGAGACAUGUCGACUUGAACGUGACAGAUUGGGCUGACAACCCCUUGCUCUCUGUGGCUGCCAAAGUUGGUAACGAGCCUGUUGUGAGGCUGCUUCUUGCCACCGGGCAGGUCGAUGUGAACAAGGGCAAUGAUCACGGGCAAUCCCCUUUGACCAUAGCCGCUGAUCCAGACAUGAGCUCUAAAGGGGAGACUCCCUUGCUCGCUGCUUACAGGCUACGGCGAACCGAAGUCGUCAAGCUGCUUCUUGAUACUGGAAAAGUCAACGUCAACACUCAAACUCGGACUGGCCAUACCCUGUUGAUGAUGGCUGUCGAGCGGAAAGACUACGGUAUUGCCCAGCUCCUAUUAGCGACUGGCAAGGCUGACAUCACCAUUCGGGUCAAGGACUCGAAGAUGGUGGACAUGUUACUUGAAAAUAGCGUUGAUGCCAAGGACUCGAAGAUGGAGGACAUGGUCCCUGACAAUAGUGUUGAUGCCAAGGACUUAAAGAUGGUGGACAUGUUACUUGAUAGCAUUCUUAUUCUUAGUUGA